AUGCCCGCCACGGACGCCUCUGAAACUUCAGCGAAGCGAGUGCGUCGGCCAAAUUUUACCGAACGCGAAAUUGAAGCGCUCGUGGAAUGCUUCCAAGCUAACAAGGCUGCCAUAGAUGCCACUGGCGAUGGGCCGCAAGGCGCUCUUGCUAAAAGCAAAGUCUGGGCCCGCAUUACAGAUACUCUGUUUGCGGUGUCGGGCAUCAAACACACGCCGGCGGAAAAGAAGAAAUGGACGGAUUACAAGAGCUUAAACAAGAAGAGAGGGGCCAACGUCACGCGGUGCCUUGGCAGGACAGGUGGGGGUGCGGCAGAAGUGCCGCCACUUACGCCUCUUGAAGAAAGAGUGGUGGCCACACUCGACAGGAGCACUGUCGUCGGGAUUAACGGCAGUUACGACAUCGGAGUUACAGGAGAUCCCGUUUCAUCAAGUAGUGCUACACCCAUAGUACCUGAUGCUUGUGAGGGAUUAGGCGCAGGGCUGACAUCCUCCACAUCGAUAAGUGAGACACCUAGCCCAGGUUCGUCACAGGAGGCAGCAAAUGUGCAACAGGAGGUUGCUGACAGCACGCCGGUUGUGCCAACACCACGCAGGGGUAAAUAUGCUUGUGUCUGA